GGCAAACUCAACGGCCCGCUUGGCUUUCACGCACUUUUCUCGGGACAAGCCACAGGAACUGCCUUGGGCCGGACCUCCCCCAACUGGGAUGAAAUACUGCCAGUUCCAAACCAGCCGGCGCCGCCGAAUACUGUCCCCCUCCUUGAUCUCGACCUACACCUCUAUCACUUAGGGGUCGAUGCCCCAGUAGACUACGAUGUGUACAAGUCAUUUGCAGAAGCACUGAGCUUAACAAGCAUCAGGACGCCCGGCGAGAUUGCUACGGGGGCAGAAGUAGCCCAAGCCCACGUCGGCGCGUCAAGCCAAGCUGUGACCAGCAUGUCACGUCCGAGUGCAGACUAUGUUGCAGCUCCUACUCCCAGCCAGAGGGGCUUGAGCACUAAGCCCUUUUCUGUGCAUAUCCUGCCUGCUGCGCUUAGGGCUUCAGCAUCAGACAUUGGAAGCCAUCUAAGCGCAGAUCAAAGCCAGACUUCGGACUUUCAAAUACCUGGAGAAUUGGCUGCUUUUGUGCAGACGUCUCUCCAGCACCUGCAAUGCUCAGGCAUAGUACCGGGAAUCGCGAGAGAAAGAGCACCAAUGGUCUGCCAUGACCAUUUAGACCAUGUCCAGUUUAUGCCUGAUCCGAUCCAAGUUCUCCUAUGUGUAAACCCUCCACAAGAGGUCUCGGAAGUCAAGAUCUACUACUCUGGCCAGUGUGAGCGGUUGACCUGGAUACAUGGAGAUGUGAUAAUACUUCACGCACCUUGCAAGGUUGAGGCAUCACUUGUUAGGUGUAUUUCAGUGAUGGUGGACAGCCGCGGCGAAUUAGUCGCCCAAUGA